AUGCUGAAGUAUGAAUGCAGGCUCCAUUCAAGAGUGUAUCCUGCGGAAGGGGAGCUUGUGAUAGCAAGGGUUUCGUCGAUCGAUACCGAUGGGCUUACCUUGGAUCUGCUGGAGUAUGGAGAUGUGCAAGGGCUUGUGCUGCUGGGCGAGCUGUCGAAGAAGAGGGUAAGAACAAUCCAACAGGUAACAAAGGUUGGGUGUGUUGAGGUAUGCCUUGUGACAAAGGUGGACGAGAAGAAGGGGCAUAUAGACUUGAGCAUGUCAAAGGUUACAGACAGCGAGAAGGCGUCGUGCAAGGAAGCAAGCGCAAGAAAUAAGCUGGCAUAUUAUAUUAUGGCGAAGGCGUCAAGAAGGCUGGGAAUCCCUACCUCUGAGCUGUAUGAGAAGAUGGGAUACGGUAAGGAGGACGAGUACGGAUCGCUGUAUUGUUUUUUUGCAAAGGCCAAGGACAACGAGGGGAUUCUUGCUGACGAUGAGAUUGGAAUGACGAUCAAGGAUCUGAUAAAGGAACAAUUCCAGGCAUCUACAUACAAAGUGCGUGCAGAUGUUGAUGUGCUGUGUGCAGCGAAGGGAGGCGUGAAAGCAAUAAAGAAUGCAUUUGAGGAUGCAAUGUCGAUUGAUCCGAAGCUGGAGUUCAGUCUUACAAAGACACCGACGUAUUCGAUCACACGUGUGUCCAGCAGCAAGGACAGGGCAUAUGAGUCUGUGAGCAGGGCAUGCGAAGCCCUAGUGCAGAGGAUUGCUAGAGAAGGAGGCACGGCGACAGUGGUGAGCCAGGCAAAGCUGUAUGGAGAGAAGACAAGGCAUAGCCUGCUGAACUUUGAAGAUGAAGAGAAACCGCUGUCUGGCGAAGAUUCAGACAAUGACGAGGAAGAUUCUGAAGAAUAA